AAGCCUAUAAACAAAAAGAGUACAAAAUAAUGCAUUUAAUUUAGUCCUAGUAGUAAUAAUGUAGUUAGUAGUAUUAUUCAUUGUUCUUAGUGUAUCAUCAAACAAAUAUGAACAUAAAAACUGCAGCAGAUAUGGCGAGUCGGACUAAACGUAUAGUGUGGGUUGACUUAGAAAUGACUGGUCUUAAUAUAGACAAGGACUAUAUUUUGGAAAUAGCUUGCUUAGUUACCGAUGCAGAUUUGAAUUUAGUAGCGGCAGGUCCCAAUAUUAUAGUACACCAGUCAGAUGAAGUUCUUCAUAAUAUGAAUGAGUGGUGUAUUACACAACAUGGUGAGAGUGGCCUGACUGACGCAAGCCGUGUAUCAAAAGUGUCAGCAACAGAUGCUGAAAAUGAAAUACUCAAUUUUGUAAAGUUACAUGCGCCUGAAAAGAAGUGCUGUUUAGCAGGCAACAGUGUGUAUAUGGAUAGACUAUUUAUUCGAAAGUACAUGCCCAAGUUGAAUGACUACUUACACUAUAGAAUAAUCGAUGUUAGUACUAUAAAGGAGUUGGCCAGAAGGUGGUAUCCUAGGGAGUAUGCGAGAAUACCACAGAAGAAGUUUGAGCAUAGAUGUUUAAAUGAUAUUCUGGAAAGUAUAGAAGAAUUGAAAUAUUAUAAGCAACAUAUAUUUAAAACUGUAGAAGGUUGAUCUAAACCUCAGUAUUGACUCAACUUCUGCAUUGAUCUUGUCUAGAGAAUAACAUAUUAUAAUUCUUUAAUCAUGGAAAGCA